GAAAGCAACCACUGGAGCCCCUGGCAGUGACAUGUCCCUUUGCCCCUGGCUCUCAAUCACUAGCCAGCACUGGACCCAAGCUCAUCCCAUGCUCUGAACACCAGCACAGCCUUGGGGUGAUGUGCAUCCACCUGUGGGGCUUGGGGGAACCCCAGUGCCUGGCCUUGCUCCAGGAGUGUGCAGCACACCAGAGCCAUCACCAGCUCUGCUGGUACCAGAGUGACCCAGAGGAGAGAUGGAAAACAACCUGUUAACAGCAUCUUCAGGGGAACCAAGGGCUGAGCAGGCUGUGGAGAAGAGUCUCACCAGUUUCACCACAGCCCAGCUACGUUUUUGACCAGUAAAAGCUUCAGAGAGUAUUGAAAAAGCUUAUCAGCAAACUCAUAUACACCCAUCCCCUGGAGGUGAGUGCUACAUCCAAGGCAGAGAGAAGAGUCCUUGGCAGCUUUUGUCUUUAUCUGCCUCAUAAUUCAAAGUCCAGUUCUUAGCAUUUUCUGUGCUAAAAGGAGACUGAGUUAUUUAAAGAAAGGGAAUCCCACACAGCAUUUCUAUUUACCACAGUUCAACGAUUUACUGCUUCAAGGACAUGAUGACAAAGCAGUCCAUGGUCAGGACUGUCAGGCUGCAAGCACACAGAGGAAAGUCAAGAGUCCUGCUGCAAAGGAGCAGAGAUGCACCUUCUGCCACCAAUUCCCCCUGUACAGACCCUGUCUGGGGUCUGCUGGCCCACUGGUGAGUGACCUGAGAUGUCAGCACUCACUCUGAACCAUAUUUUUUAAUUUUUUUUGGUAACAAGAUGUGCCAGGACACUCUCAGCCAGGAGUCUUUGCUGCUAGUUGCACACAAACCAUUGGUAAAAGGUUUUGCUGCAUUCCUCAGCAAACACCCCAUGAAGGAAAAAUGCACAAGAACGUUUAUUUUUCAAAAAUAACAAACACUCGUUGUUUAGACUUAAAUAUAAAGUUUUCCUUGCCACACAACUUUUGAUACUUACAGAUGCUGACUGUGUUUAUUCUGUUUUGCCUACAGAAUUGAGACUUCAGCAGACAAGAAAUGGCCCUGCUGCAGGCAGGCAAUGGGGGUUAUAGCUCAGGCUGCCCUUUGACAAAUCCUGCUCCUGUUCUCUCCCCUGCCAAUGCUCAGUCCAUCUGAUUCCUUAUCUGAUCCCAAGUCCUCACUGCAAAGCUUCCUCUCACUAAUGUAAAAAUCCCUCUCUCUUCUAUUUCCCCCAUCACUUCUUUCUUCCUCUCACUAUUUCUGAGCAUCUUCUAUGGCUGUGAAACAGAUGCCCAAGCUGUCCAUGCACAAAACAACCUCGUGCCAUGUAGAGCUGAGCUGAGCUAAUGCUCCCUGAGCUUGUGGGAUGUGUUUUUCACACCAGGCUGGUAAAUCCAGCACAUGGAUCUGCUGCAGCAGAGCCCAGCACACAGCUCAGCACAGGGCAGAGCUUUUUCACUGCUCAUCUGGCUGCAAAGUUACAAAAGCUGAGAGUUUUCAACACAAGAACUGUUUGAUUUUAAAUUAGUAGAGGCUUGAGGUAUCUGGGGUUUAAUUUGGGGAAGGAUUUUUAGUACAUCUUUUAUACCAACUAAAAAAAUUCACAGUUCAAGAGGAGCAAGAAGUUUGCAGGUCCACAUAUAGCCCUUAGGUUUGUCUUUCUAUCCUCAAGCCUAUGCACCUGAAGAGGUCAAAUGUCACCAGAAGUGUCUAAAAAAAAAAACCAAACCCAAAAAACCCCAAACCACCACCACACUCAAUUCAAAUAUCACCUUCUGAUCAACUGUACAAAUAAAAAGAAAAGGAUCCAUGCACUCCAAGUCCUAGAUCUUGGAUUUUGCAGGGAAAUGCUGCCGCUGUCAGGGAUGGAAUAUUCCAAACAAGCAGCCUGACAGUGCCAGCAGGCUGUCAGAGCCACCUCUUGAGGCUAAACCUUGCCAGCCUGCCAAAGGCUCAGGGUAAUGUGAGAUCCAGAUGCAAACUCUAUUCAUGGGCUUGAUUUGUUCCUUUUUGAGAAAGCAAGAGGGGAAAAAACCUUCUAUAAAUGUGCUCCCCAGGAUGCAUAACCCAACACAGAUCACUGUGGCUGUGUUUGGUGUUGAUUUACAGCAGGAUCCCCUGACUCCCUGGUCCCAAGGCUGGCAGCAGGAGUUGGGGAUCCAGCACCAAAUGCCAGGGCAAUGAUUUUCAUCAUGCCAGACCCUGGGAUUAGCUCAGUUGGCUGGAGCAUGGUGCUAAUAAUGCCAAGAUUUGAUCCCUGCAUGGGCUGGAAGAGCUGGACUUGAUGAUCCUUGUGGGUCCCUUCCAACCCAGAAUACUCUGUGAUUCUGGGGUGUGCUGUGCCAAACAUUCCAGCAUUCCAUAAACGUUUCUAAGCAUUCCUCCUUCCUGCAUUUGUUUAUUUAAGGGUUUCUUUAGGGAUUCAUUGCUCAGUCGUGCAAGACUGGGGAAUCUAACUCACCCUUCCCCAGCCCCAGAGCACUCCUUCAGAGAAAGCUGAUUGCUUGCAUCCUUCCUGGGGACAGGGAAGGGAGCAGUUGUGAGCACUGCCCUUGAAGGCUGAAGGCUGGGGCAGUGAGUCCCAUUCCCAUCCAGCACCCAUGGCUCUUGCUGGGUCACUUCUGGUCCUAGCACUGCCUCAGGUACCUCUGAAGCAUGAUCAGCUCUGGCAGUGGCUGUCUGCAAACCCAGGGUUUUGGCCAAGAGGGAGAGCUGCCAGCAUUCUCAAAGGCAAGACCGUGCUCAGUGUUUCACUCUCCCUGCUGGAGCCAUGAUUUCACGUGGAAGAACUAAGCAGGGCUGGGGAAAGUGCUGCUUUUUCACUUCACAGGAGCACAGCAGUGACCACAAGAGCCACCCAGACAGGGCCCAUCAGACACUCUGAGAGAACAGACCUUCUGUGCUGGAGGAGGGUUGCACUGACAAAGUCAUGGAGGGAUGGAUAUUCCAAGCUGAGCUGCAUCAGGAGGCAAGAGAAGCCAUGGAGACCCCAGCAGCAGGACACCCCUCCAAGGUGAUGUCCUCAAAGGAGCAGUCCUAGCUGAGCCAGGAAUACAGAAAACAAAGGUUCACCCACCAAAACCUUUGGCCUGACCCCAGACACAAUCAGCUGGAUGGGGUGAGCAGUGCACGUUUCCUCUGGAGCUCCCAGGACCAGCCCUGGGCACGGUGCCAGCACUGCUGCUCGUGGUGGAAACCAGAUUUUGGCCCCCAGUAACACUGCACCAAAGCCUGUCUAACUAAAUAAAUGAUGUUGUUUACAGCUGGAAGAUGGUCUCCAUUACACAACAUGAUCAUUCUGGCCAAGCUUCCAGGGAGAAGCUGUUCUUCAGGGGAUUGUUGCUUGAAAAAAUGAAGAAAACAGAACUAGCUGAAGCCAACACAGUGAUUUAACAGCACAAGAGAUAUAAUCUGCUUCUGCUGAGAAAACAACAGAGCUGCAAACUUGUCCAGGUCACACUUACUGUUGGGCAUACUGUAUAUUUGGGGGUUUAGCCACUGUCUGGACAGGGGAGAGAAAGAAAACCCAACCUAUAAAACAUGAAAAAAAGAAAAAAGCUGAGCCAGACCAAGAAAUUAAGAGCAAGGAAAUGCACUGGAAGGCAGAGGGCUGACAAAAGGUGCUUCAAGCACAUCAGAACACAUGAGAACUCCAGCAGAGAGAAGAGAAAAAGAAAAAUUUAGAGUGAUGAAAAGCAAGAGCAGCAAUUGUGUCACUAGUGACCCAUCAGCUGCAAGCCCUGGGUUUGGUCCUCCUGCAGAACGAUCAGUCUGAAGAUUGCUGAUCCCUGGCUGUUGAGUUCAUCAAUCAGGCCUCCAAAUGCACUUUCCCUUUGCAUUGUGGAUAUAGAAUAAAAAACAGGUCAAGGACACAGAAUUUUAAGGACCAAAGUCCAGCGGCAGUUGCUCAGUGGCAUCUUCAGACCUGCUGGAGACAAGCAGUGCCCUGGGAAGGACAGAGUGCCCUUGGGCUCCAUGUUUCAACGACAAGGACCAUUUUUCACCCCUCAGGACUUAUCCCAAGAGGCACUGCCAGGACACAGCACUCCCCCAUGCUUUCCCAGAGAAAAAUGUCAGAGGAAUGUCUCUCAUGUCAGAGAACACGAGGCUUGCACAGCUCCUGGCAGAUUCCAGUUUUACUGCAGGGGAGUCACAGCCAUCACCAAGGGAAAUCCCUGAGCUGAGGCAUCUGUCAGUGUGUGCAGCCUCUGUCAGGGUCAGAGCCCUCCCCUCACACCUGGAUGGCAGAGCCACCUUCCACUGCCUUUGCUGAAGCUCUAGCUGGAGAAAAUCACAAAAAUUCAUCCCAGAAUGGGUAUUUUGAGGCAGCUGCCAAGCAGACUCUGUGAAUGGUGGUAACCCCUGAGCAGGAGCCUCUCCCAGACAGCUGCCAGGGAAGUCUGUCACCUGCUGCUGUUUGCAGAGGGCAGGAGGUGAGAAAAACCGCUGUCAGAGCAUGAUGCUGGGCUGAGAAGCCUCCCUGUCUCUCAGGGCAGCACUUAAUCAGCUCUGACGUGCCUAAACACUUAAUCCCCACGGGGCUGCAGCAGGAAGAACCAGCUGAUUUAUUUUCUCUGUGCACAGUCCAACCGACCCUGCCCUGCCCGUGGUUCACCUGCCCAAAAGGUACAUGCUCUUCUUCUUGCCUCCUUCUCUACUAUCCAUCAGAAAUUAGAUGCUGUGGCUGAUGUGUGGCUGGUCAUGUUCUUUCUCAUUAUAUUUAUAUUCACUUGUGCAGCACAGGCUGGGCUGAGUCUGAAUGUCUCCAAUUCAUGCCCAAGCAUGUGCAAAUGUACACCUGAAAAGACCAUCCUCUGCAACAGAGCUGGACUGAAAACCCUACCUGGAGAAAUUGCACCAUCCACCAUCUCUCUAAACCUCUCCAACAAUUAUUUGCGGAUUCUCAACACCAACACCUUCAGAAACCUGACUUUCCUUCACAGCCUCUGGCUAGAUGGGAACAAUCUGACUUUCCUGACCCCAGGAACUUUCCAUGCUCUCAGCAGGCUGCAAGAGCUGCACCUCAGCAGGAACUCACGCCUCACCUACCUGCAUGCAAACACUUUCAGAGGACUAUUGAACCUCAUCAGCCUGGAUUUGUCCCACUGCAAUAUCUUCGAAAUCCACCCACUUCUAUUUUCACACUUGCCUUCUUUAGAAAGGCUUGAUUUAGCCUCCAAUAACAUGAGGUAUGUGCCACAAGCCUUUAGGAACCUCUCCAGCCUCACGAGGCUGUCCCUGGAGGGCAAUCACAUAGAAGCCAUCGGCAGAGAUUCCCUGAAGGACCUGGAAACCCUGAACGAUCUGAAUCUCAGGAAGAAUCGGAUAUGGAUCAUCCAAAACGGAGCUUUCGCAAAGCUUCUCAGACUGGGCAUGUUAAAUUUAGGCCACAACUUGAUCACUGAUUUGCCUAAUCAGCUUUUUGAAGGAUUGAUCCAGCUCAAGACCAUGCACCUUGAAGCCAACAGAAUCACUGCUGUCGACUGCACCUUCAGACAGCUGCUCAACUUGAGAAACUUGUACCUGAACAACAACCAGAUCUCCUCGAUCUCAGACUCUGCCUUUUUAUACCUAAACAAGCUGCACUUCCUCCACCUGAGCAAAAACAACCUCAGCUCCCUGCCCGUGCGCUUGUUCUCCCAAGUGGCCAGGCUGAGGUACGUGCUCCUGUCCCACAACCCCUGGAGCUGUGACUGCAGCUUGCUCUGGCUCUGGCGCUGGACAGCCACGCGCCGGGCGGUCAUCGAGGGGCUGGACUGCGCCUUCCCGGGCCCUGCCAACACAACAGCACCCCAGCAGCCCCGUGCUGGCCCCCUGGGGCACUGCCCCGUGCCGCUGGAGCUGGCCAGCGAGGACAAGUGCAGGGUGCCUGGCACCAGCGUGGCCCCCAGGCCCCCCGCCCUGCCCGGCCAGCUCAUCCUGCUGGCACUUGCCUGCCACACGUGGUGCAAUGACAGGGGAUGGGGCACCGUGGUGGCCACGUUUUAAUGGUGUUCCAGUUAUAAAGCGGAGGCUGCUUAUUUGUUUUAUUGAGAUUUGUUUACGAACAAUGGUUUUCGUGACGGGUGGAUUUUAUACGGAAAUAAAGGGGUUUUAUGAUACCGGAAUAAAUUAUUUCAUUUAUGGGCAAUAAUCUGAAAUGCUAACAUCAAAAUUCAAUGCAAAUGCUCACGUUGGCAAGUUCAGGGCCGGGGCUUGUGCUGGUGCUGUGGGGCUGGGAAGUUUGUUCCCCUCUGCCCUCCCCACUUCCCAACUGACCACAGCCAGGUGUGACCCCCCUGGGAGGGGCUGCCUUCCUGUGCCCAGCCCAUACUGGGCAUACUGUGAGUACUGCUGAAAUAGGAAUAAACUGCAUGUGCUCCAGGACGUCUGGAGUCCUUAGACAAGGCCCAGUCCAUCAGCAUUGCUGUGAGCACGUGGCACCCUCCCACAGCAGGCACAUGGGCAUCUCUGCUGUUGGAAUGUUGUGUUGGAGGUGUGGGCAAAACCACCACCAUGUAAAACAUUUUAUCACUCAGCUGCUCCUCACAGCACUGAACCCCAGCUAAUGUGUUCUGCAUUUACCCCUGUAAGGAGGUCACUUGUCUCAGGGAUGGUCUGUACUGCUUGUGUUUCCCUGCAUGCAGUCAAAGAGGUCUGUCACAGCACAAUUCCAGUGCCACAUCCCCAGUCUGCCUCCCUUCAGCUGCUGGGAGACACAGGUCAGCUCCUCUGUCCUCCCAAAUGGAAUUUUCCAUUUGGGCAGGUAUAUUAAAAGCCCUUAGCCAGUGUUUACUGGGUGCUCACAGAAGGAAGCAAAGGAAUGUGUGCCAGACACACCACAUUUGUCCCUGUCCUUAGAGGAAUUAUCCCAAGCUGAUAAGAGGUAAGAGAGAACUAAACCCUUGCUUAGGGCUGAAAACACACAAACCUGCACAAUCUGAUGUGGGAAACCUCCAUGGAGUGCAGAGCAGGACCAACCUUUGCUGUUACACCAUGGAAGGGAUGAAGUGGGGCCUCACAUGCUGCAUCCUCGUUAUAUUUGUGAUUAGGUUUGUGCAAAGCAUUUAAAGGUCAAUACAAUAAAUUUUUGCUUACAUUGUUUGUGCUGUUUCAUCAUCUUCACUUUUCUAGCUUCACAUACUUUGUGAAGUGGUGGAAAAAUACUCCAGCUGGUUUCUUGCUUUUGCAUUACUCUCUAUCAAGCUGCAAUAGAAAAAGGCAGAAGCAAAAAAGCAAGCAAAGUCCAGCUCAGCAAUUUCUUAAGUCCCUGAAAGAUUCCAUUUUUUCCAUUGAAUAAUACAAAUUAGUGAAAAAUUUAUAUGGACGAGAACCUUACCUUCUCUGAACACUUUGAGAAAAUAUUCCUUCCACUUUUACACCACCACCUCAUUAAACAGUAACAGGAACACAACUAAAUUGCUUCCUCUGCGCUAUAAUAAAAAAUCAUAGAAAUAUUUAACAAGUUAUACACAGUAUGCUCAGGGAGAACGUGUGGCCACAUUUUUAAUCCACAAAAAAUGAAACUUGCAAGGAAUACCAGAAGGCCAGAAAACAAAGACCCUGAGGAAGCAGUCUGGGCUGGCAAAGACAUUUGAAGGAGGACCUUAAAAUGAAGGACAAGUGCAACGUGCACCCAUAAGGGCAGCAGCAAAUCCAACUGUUUAAAAAAAAAUUCAAUAUGAACAAAGGUGACACUGCUAAAAAAAACAUGGAAAGAAAAAAAGCAUGUAAUUGAAGAAGCAAAACAAAGUACAAAUACUAACAAAUACUUUAAUAUUAAAGAGCAAGAAGAGUUGCAGAAGAAGGAAAUGUGCUUAAGUUUACAUCUCCUGUUGAAAAUUUUAGGUGUGUUUGACAAAACAAACUAUUUGAAAACCUGCUUAAGAGUGCUUACUGGAGGGAAAGCACUGGGUUUGUCCUGAUUGUCCUGCACUGGACCUUCAGUGUGACAGAUCUGCUUUGCCUGCACCCCAAACUUUUCUUUCUUAAAUACAUCCAGCACAAGGAGAAGCUUUCCCAUUCUGUAAUUGUCAAAGUACCCAUUUCUCCCCUUUAACCUGGUACCCGAGGCAAAAGAGGCAGGACAGAACAGAUGCACAUGGCCACUUCCAAAGUCCAAGAAUUUUGACCUUAAUUACACCACACCCCCAGCCAGUGCCAUAAAUCACCAGAACAGAGUUUCAGUGGGAUGGCUGUGACUCUACUUAGGGUAUAUCGCUCCAUCUUGAGUGAAAACAUGCAAUUUCCUGUGGGAAGCUUUGCUAACAUACUUUUCUUGUAAAAAAAUUGUGUACCAGUGGAAAGCUUCCAGCCAGCUCUGCACAAGGCUUCACGCAGGGAAUCACUGGGGGGGUUUUCUGACACCCCACACCCAGAGCAGGGAGCAAUCCCAGCCAGUGCCACCACAGCCCCUGCCCUCACCCCUGCAGAUGGCAGAGCUCCUGCUCAUUUCCUCCCUGGUGCCCCAGCCCCUCUUCAGCUCCCUGCCAAAUUCCUCCUUUUCACCUGCCCUUUUUUCAUCUCCUACACACAGGAAAAUUAAUCCCCUUUCACUCAAUUA